GGCUUUCAGGUGACCGAGAGGUGACCAGCUACGUCGUCGUCGUCACCACGUCUGUCACCGCUGACUGUUGCCAACUCCUCACCACCAUCGAGAUGAUUUGUGGAGGAAUUGGAGAUGCCAAGCCUGCCGACGAAGAGACUCAGCGCAUUUGCGACGAAAUGAAGCCUCAUGUUGAGCAGAAAGCUGGCAAGUCUUAUGAUACCUUCACUGCCAAGAGUUACAAGACACAGUUAGUAUCUGGGACGAACUACUACAUCAAGGUGCACUUGGGGGGAGAGGAUCACGUUCACAUUUGUGUCUACAAAAAGCUGCCUGUCCAUGGAGGAGAUCUGAUGCUGAGCAAGAUCCAGGAGUCAAAGAGCCACAGCGACCCCAUCGAGUACUUCUGAGACAGAAAGCGUCUGAAUGAUUCUUUUUACAGCAACAAGCAUUAAAAGCACGUCUGUCUAUGUUCAUGUGGAAGGGGCCAUCAACAAUAUAGGACCAGAAGAAUGAUACACACAUAUAUAACAAGGUGACUUUGUUGGGUUAAUUGGCAAUUCUUUUAUUAUCUCGAGCUUAGACGUAAAGGGAUGUCCAACUCACGGUUGGGGGGGGUACUUUUUUAUUGGUACUUACGAGCAAAAAGUUGUAAUGUAAAAAAAAAAAGUUUUAGUGAUCCGGAUUCUACAAUGCUGACACAUAGGCUGUUUUCCCCUUUUAAAAUGUAACAUUUUUAGCAUAUUAGUUGGCUUUUAGCCUUUUUUACAAAUAAAAACACAUCCAAAAGUGAAGAUUGCUGCAUC